AAACUCCAGAGAAAGGGAGUAGAUUGGUGAUUGGCGUGGAGGCAGAUGCGCUGUCUCUCCAUCGGCUCACAUCUACGUCCAUCCGCUGGACCGGAGGCUUCACAGGAGAGGAGAGUGGAGCCGGGGAGGUAAGCAACAGCGAGGGUCAGUAACUGAGGCGAUAGAUGAAGAGUGUUACAGAGGCAGUUCACCAUGGAGGAUUUAAGUUUAAGUUCCUAAGGAGCUUUUUGAUCAAGAAAUCUUUAACAAGAAGAGUCCAAGAAGUGACGGAUUAAGUUUUUUCUUUUUUUUUUUAUAUCAAGAAGCAAAAACGAUUUUGGGGGCCGUGGACUGACAGAGAGGCCCUGCUAGAGAGACAACAUGGUCACACUAAAAUACAACUAACACAGAGAGAUUAAAGCAGAUUUCCCAAGAUUAUCUUGAGGGGGAAAAAAGGCGUUUAAAUCUGUGUCUCAUCCAUAGAGUCACAAAAAAGAAAUAUUUUGUAAUGUGCCCUGGUGUCUAGUCCUAAAAUUUCAGCUGGAGCCACCUUAGGAGGCAUAAUGAUAUUAUUGACAGUCAAGUCACUUCAUAAAAUCUUCCCAUAAACAAGUAAAGGAGUUGUUUUUUUUUUUCUUUUGAGCUGAAAGAGCAUUCAUCAAGGAUAAAUGUUGCCAUAUGUUGUUAAUGUUUCUUGACAGAUAAAGAAGCCUACUUAGCUUGCAGAAUGUAUUAUAUAACACUAAAGUCCCCUUUGCCUUUCUGAUGCUGCCCAGUCACUGAUCUAAUACCACCUCAGACAGAAGUUAAGGUCAGGGGAUUUCUGGACACUUCAGUUCCCAAGAAGACCAGUAAAAACUUGCUCUUUCUUUACAUAUGAAUCAGCCUCAGAGUAUCUUAUUCUGCUGCCGACUCCUUUUUGAAAUCACAGAUGUUGCCAUCUAGCUCUGCUUGCUGUGUUUGUUCAUCUGUCAGGUCAGAUAAAGCAUCGGCCCCGACCUGUCCGAUCUGUUACUGCCCCUCUCCUACUUGCCUUUAAUUCCUCUGUGUUGUGUCCACCUUUUGCUGUCCCAUCUCCCCCUGCCUCCCUCCUCCGUCUCGUGGCCAUGCUCGAGCGUCUGUCCCGCCGCUCUCGAUCCAUGCUUUCCCUGACGUUAACCUCUUUGGCUCUGGCCCUGUCCAUCCUGGCUCUCUGCACCUCCUACUGGUGUGAGGGCACCCACAAGGUGGUCAAGCCUCUCUGCCUGUCGCCUGUCAAAAUGAAGAACUGUGGUCAGAACAACAGUGAGCCUUACACAACAGAGAGCCCCACACAAAACCCUUUCAACCGCACAUUGUCUCCGGCCAGAAGAGAUGAGCUGGACAAGAUCAGACAAAGACAACUGGCCAAUGCUGUACACUACAUCUGGGAGACAGGGGAGGACAAGUUUGCCUUCAGAUAUUUCCACACAGGCUUCUGGGAAAGCUGUGAAAAGCAGAAUGAUGGAGAGGUGUGUCGCAGCUUUAUCGACUUAACUCCAGGCGAAACACAAGGUGUGCUUUGGCUGUCGGUUAUUUCUGAGUUUACAUAUAUCGGCCUGCUGGGGAUGGGCUUCUUACUGAUGUGCCUGGAAGUCAUGUGCUCCCACAAAGAGAUGCACGCACUAAAAAUCAAUGCCUUCGCAGCUAUUUGUACUGUGCUAUCAGGUCUUCUUGGGAUGGUAGCACAUAUGAUGUUCACCACAGUAUUUCAGAUGACAGUCAUCGUGGGCCCUAAAGACUGGAGGCCUCAGUCCUGGGAUUACGGCUGGUCGUUUGCUCUUGCCUGGGUAUCCUUUAGCUGCUGCAUGGGGGCUGCUGUCGUCACACUCAACUCCUACACCAAGACCAUCAUUGAGAUCCGCCGCAGGCAAAGACUCCGCUUGGACGAAGCAAGAGCCGCUGCUCGGGCCCCGUCGUACGACGAGGUGGUUCCAGGAGGAGGGCUGUACUCCGUCAGCGGCCUGCUGCACUGUCCGGAUGGGAUGAUCGACGUGGCAUGGGCCCCGAAUGGCAGCGUGGUCGGAGUGGGAAAUGGGGACGUGCCGACACUGGUUUUAGUGGGAGGCUGUGGCCCGGAGGGGUGUGAGGACUGCGAGCGUGAGAGGGACCAGAUGGGCGUGGCCUUGGAUCGGAUUGAUUCACCUUGUUAAGGAGGGCCAGCUAUUCACAUAAACUGAAAGGGGGAAAAAAAAAAAGAAAUGAAAAAUAAAACACUGCAUUGUUGCAGUGAUCAGAGAUGCUGGUUUGCUUUGACUUUUGAUUCCUUGGAACACAUUUAUGAGUGUUCCAAUGAAAUUGCUAAACAGAAGUGGAAAGUGGGUGUUGAAUCGAGUCACCAGCUGAUUUAAAAUGGAGGCUCCUUGCAUUAUGACUUGCACUGAGAGAAACAUCCAACCUUCACUCUGCAUCAGCCUGUGAUGUCUGCUGUGUGACUGCAAGUAGCAACUGACUGCUUGUUACCAAGAUUCAGUUAUAUUUGGAGUUUGAAAAGGUCUAUCGUUGCAGUAGACCGCUCCCAGUUCUUAAGUUUUGACACAAAGAUGCUUAAUAAGAUGGUUAAUAAACAAAGAAAAGAUGCUGCAAUAGAGGCAGCAGCUGACAAAAGGAAGCAGUGGAAAAUGAUUCCACCAUAAAUAUCCCAUUUUAAUUGUAUUAAGUUAUUGUUUCUUCAUAUUCAAAAAAAGACUUAAGUGGGUCUCACAGGCUGUAAAUGACGCCCACUCAGUUAACUCAUAUCAAGACGUGAAGACUUUGAAGCAUGCACCGCAUGCAAAUCUGCAUGUUAUGUGUUUCUGUGCCUGAUGAUAGCAAAGCAAAUGUAUGUUUCUACAUGUAAAAAUGCUCAAAUGUUUACCUUACUUUAUUGGUUACAAUGGACACCCAUCCAUUCGCAGCUCAGUGUUGGCAAAUUCACAUAUUCGCAAAUAUUUUGUGGAAUGUGACUCAAAAUUAUUAGUGGAAUUAACUUUUUGCUGCGUAAUAUUAAAGAUAUUAAAAAACAGAGAUUGGGAAGAUAAAACACCUAGGCACAGUACCACCUGACACUACUGGAUGAUGUUUGCAAAGUAGUCAAUCCUUGUCGCUGAUUGGCUGAACUCCUAAGAGCGGAAACAUGGAAUACUGAAAAUAUUUGUUUUUGUGAACGUGCCAAGAUUGUUCUGACUGUGUGCUUUAAUGCAUAUUUUGGAAUAUUUGGAGUUUGAACAAUUAAAAUACGCGAUUAUAAGCAUUUUAGAGAGGAACUCAAAUAUUUGCAGAUUUAGGUGAUUUUGGCACCAGCGGUCCGCUACAUACCUUAAAGUCAGCAAUUUAUGUCACACUUUUGUCUCAACAGUAUAUAGAAUAUUUUACAUUCUAUAUAUAUAAACUUGAUUCUUGUUUUCUCGGCGUCUGCUUUAUCUGAUGACAAACGUAUGUUAAAUGAUGAACCUUCAACCAAAAGAGCCACCAAAUACAGUUUUUGUGUGAAGAUGAGCAGACAGAUCCACAGAGAUAAAAUGAUUACAGAGAUUUUGGGAAAAGUCUGCUCUCAUGUUGAACAGAAGAUUAUGUGUAAACCAUUAAUCCUGAGUUGGACGGAGCAGAGAAGAGACAUGCCGAGGGGACAGAGAGGAGCCAGUUGUUGGGGGUCAGAAUGAAAGUUGGAAAGAAAUUCUGUCAGACUCUUCAAAAAGAGACCGACUGCAUGCACUCUGGUCCCAGCUUCACCGUAACGUCAAAUAAAUCCAGGUUUUACACACGUGCUUGCAAAACUUACUGAGUUUAACAAAAGAUUAUGUAGGCAUUAAUUCACAGAGCUAGAUAAAAUGGCCUAAAUGUACCUUCAAUAUCUGUAGGUUACACUUUUGAGAUUAUCCAGGAUUUACUGUUGGGGAUUAUACAAUUGAAAACUAAAAGAAAAAAAAAAAACUAAAGCGCCAUUUUUGUCGGCCACAAGAAUAAUGGCAUAAAGUAAGUUUCUGGGUCAAAAAGGAGAUUAGUGGAACAGAUAAAUAAAUUGAUUUCCAAACAACAGAUGUAUGAGAAAACCUUUAAUUUAUUGUUCAGUGAAUAAAGUACAACACUUCAGAGCUAAAAUCUCAAUCAAGAUAUUUCAAGUCUGUAAAAAAAAAA